UGAACACUAGUCGGUUUGCGAGCAGCGAGUCCGGUGCCUAGGGGGGCUAUACGAUCGGAGGCAAAGGCCGUAGCGGGUUUUCAGAAGUGGCUCCCCGUCUUCGAAGGACGUCGCUACGGAGCAGCAAGGUGGCUAGUCAGUCUGAAAGAGGCGCCGACUUACUGCCCAUAGUCGACCGCGAGUCCUCCAUUAUUUCCGUCAGCUGAAAAAUAUUAUACCUGCGCGGCGAACGUCAUCCCCUAAUCCGGGGUUGUCAUGAGACGAGAAUUCCUGAGGAGAUUCAUCGAUCGGAUACCGGAGUAAUAAAUUACCCGAGUCCCACACUCGUCAUUUCGCAAUAUAAUAAACACAAGUAAACCGACAUCGACACUUGCGCACCUGUACACACAAAAUCGAAUUGGAUAAUACAUAGCGUAAUACUCGUCACGUGUGAGGAGAUGCGCGUCAUUUUUCGUGCGUGGAAAAAUUGUUGAGAGUAAGACGCGGGGGAUCGGUUGGAUUUGUCAACGAACGAACGGGUGUUAAUCGUCGCGUUUGAAUCGCAGCGUUGAUAAAGUAUACCCGCGAAAAUCGGUGCGGAGGUCAUUAGACGGAGAGCGACGAAGAUGUGUGUGUGAAUAAUAAAGGUGAUUUCGUAUAUUUAUCCGACGAUCAACCCCGCAUCAUGCUCAAGGACGAUAACUAAUCGCUGGCGUAUUGAAUUUUUAACGACGCUAUAACUUGAGGUCGAUCUUUGUCAGCGUAUUUGCCGGUUACUGCGAACAAGAUGACGGAGGGUACGAGACUUCGAGUAGCACUUGUGGUAUUAUGCGACGCCUUGAUCUUGGCUACCGCAAGUCCCGUAUUCAUGCCACAAUUUCUUCCCGGAGGUACGGGGAGAAAUAUCAGACAUUUGCCAUGCGUUUCUAGGAAGAGCGGAGAAACGGGAAUUUGCAUGUUCGCGUUCACAUGCGCCAAGGCGAACGGAACUCAUUUGGGGACCUGUAUAGAUCGUUUCUACUUCGGAAGUUGCUGUAAGAUAGACGGGGAGCCGGACAUCUACCCUCACGAUAACACGAUCGAAGAUGACCCGGGAAAACCGUUCCACGCGAAACCAGGACCCGUGGAGACGAAUAAUAUUCCAGAGUACUCGCCGAUUACUAUGAAGACGACGCUCCGAGAUACCGACGCGCCCACCUGGACCACGCAUACGUUGAUGACUACUCAAAAGCCGGUGAAAAUCGCCGAAAAACCACUUACCCUAGCUACAACAAUUGCGCCGGUUUCAAAACCGGUCAGAAUCACCCAAAAUUCUACCAACAAAUACUCGACGAGGCCCUCGAUCGAAUCCACUACGGAGUCCGUCGGGCUAUCGACCUUUCAGACCGUCCAAAAUAACCCGACGAAAACUACGACGUUCCCACGACCUUCUUCCGCUGGGACUACCAAGAUCCCGCAGAGAAUUUCGACGACAACGGUGGCAACGAGCACUCAGAGGACGAAACCUCGUCCUACCGUCAACAAGGUGACUACGACGGUCAAGCCAAACCUGAAACCGAACACACAGAAUACGACGAAGACCGAGGUGAAACCGGUGACCAGACCGACGGUGAACAAACCCUCGAGUGUAAAACCAACCCCUUCGAGCGAAGGAGCCACACCGAGCAAGACUAGGAUUACAACCGUGAAACCCAUCUUAACGACUACGACUAGACGGUCGCCUAUUGCGACGAGAUUUCCGCCCAGAAACGCAACUACGACGACAGUUACCACGACCGUUUUGACUACCACGACCUCCAGACCCACAAGACCCACUACCAACAGGAGACCCACUCCGACGACUAAUAAAAAACCUGUUACACCACCGGUGAAAAAAGUCACCACGACAACGAUAUCGACGAUAACGAAAACCACAACGACAACUCUGAGACCACCGGUUAAAGACCGGCCGGUGUCUUCGACGGUAGGCGUCACAGUUGCGAGCAAACCGGCGACAAAUUCAAUCGCCCAAACUAAUAAACCAACACCUACGAGGGCGCCGACCACACCAAGUACUCCGAGCAGUAGCCAAAAACCUGCAACAGCUGGACAGCGACCCACAGUUACCGCUGUGGAAAAGCCUCCGGUAACAAACGUACCGGUGGUUAUCAGGAAUACAACAAAACAGCCCCCAACGCAGUCCGGAAAACCGACUACCGUUGCUACGACUUCCAGCGUUUUCGCAGAGUCGAGUCAACCCGUGCCCACAACUUUGAACACACCGACCGCUAGACCAAAACCAAUUGUUACUCAGGCACCGGUCGAGAAGACCACACCAAGUACGACGACGACAACUACUAGUACUACUACUACUACGACUAGUACCACCACUACUCCGGCUCCAGUUCCUACGAGACCAGCUUCAGUUUCGCCCGAGUCAGUCCCAACUUCUCCAAAAUUGCCUGAUGUCAGUGUGUCGACAAUCAGUAACGAGGUCAUUUCUGUUGAUGACCCGAGCAAUGACAAUCAAGUUUUUGAUACCAACAAAGUAGAUUCUACUACCUAUUCGCCUGGUCUGGUAACCUGGACGUCGAAUUCAGACGAUGCGACCACCAAGUCUUCCGUUACUCCGACCAGCACGUCCGAAUUGGAAGAACCAACCAACACGGAAUGGACUCCCAUAACGACUCCGGAUGGCUGGAUUCUGAUCAAUUCACCGCCAUCGACGAGUAACGACGAUAAAAAUGAGGAAGAUCCGUCGAUGAGGCCAAUCACGAAGCCGACAACCGAAUCCACUAUUUCUGGUGAUCCAAUAACAGUUCCUAGUUCAACGACGGAAAAAUCAACGGUAAGACCUUCUCUGCCGACAGUGGCUACGAUGCCUUCGACCACCGACAACUUCAUACCGACAGCUGAACUGAACAUGUCUGAUUACAAGCAAGUGUGCGGAAGACGUCUCUUUCCGGAGUCCAGGAUCGUUGGCGGCGCUCGAAGUUCAUUUGGGAAGUGGCCCUGGCAGAUAUCGUUACGACAGUGGCGGACCUCGACUUACCUCCACAAGUGUGGAGCUGCCCUGCUCAAUGAAAAUUGGGCAAUAACGGCGGCUCAUUGCGUUGAAAACGUACCUCCAAGUGAUCUGUUGCUCCGCCUGGGCGAACAUGACCUAGCGAGCGAAGACGAGCCUUACGGUUUCCAGGAGAGACGUGUCCAGAUAGUGGCGAGCCAUCCCCAGUUUGAUCCUCGUACGUUCGAGUACGAUUUGGCUCUUCUCCGUUUCUACGAACCCCUUUUACCCUUCCAGCCAAACACUCUUCCAAUUUGUUUGCCGGACGAUGACGCCAAUUACGUGGGAUUGACCGCCCAUGUCACCGGCUGGGGUCGACUUUACGAAGAUGGACCACUUCCGUCGGUAUUGCAAGAAGUCCCGGUACCCGUGAUCAACAACACCGUUUGCGAGGCGAUGUAUAGAAGUGCAGGUUACAUCGAGCACAUACCAAAGAUAUUUAUUUGCGCUGGAUGGAGAAAAGGAGGUUUCGACUCUUGCGAGGGUGACAGCGGAGGGCCUUUGGUUAUUCAAAGGCCGCGAGACAAGCGAUGGAUUCUAGCGGGAGUCAUCAGUUGGGGUAUCGGCUGUGCGGAACCGAAUCAGCCCGGCGUUUAUACGCGAAUAUCCGAAUUUCGGGAAUGGAUAAACCAGAUUCUCCAAUUCUAAAUGGAAACGGAUAUUCCCAACGUCGUUGAGAAGUCAUAGGAUCGAUCGACCACGACUAAUUGUUGGAAAUAAAGAAAAGAGAAAAACAAAUGCGCCAAAUGAUCGCGUUCCAUUGAAGUUUGUGUCGACGUUCAUGAUAAUCCUGAAGGAUUCCGAAGGAGUCCGAGAAACAGGUUCGAAAAGUGAAUUUUAAUAUGAGUUUUUUGAUGAAAA